AUUCCAAUAGAAGGUCGGUGUCCCGAGGUGUUGUCCUUGGCGUUUUCUGCCUUGCCUAACGGUGAUGGGAGUCUUUGGACAGCUUCGAGUGCUCGUCUGGAAGAACAUCUACAUCCAGACACUCCGAAGACAUCCUAUCUUCACCGUACUUGAAUUGUUAGCCAUAACCGGCAUUUUCUACAUCACCAUGUCAUCGCUUUCUAAAAACCCUGAAGAACCCCCGGAAUACUCACCAGCUGAUGUGUACAAUGAAUCUUAUGGCUCACCCGUGGUUGCGCUUGUGUAUGGCCCUAACGUAUCUUCACCGUACAUGACGUUUCUCCUUCGAAAUGCGUUUCCAGAUAUUUCCAACUCCACAGCGAAUUCAAGUGCGAUUCCAAGCAACCCCGUUGGAUCUCCACCUGUACAGCCCAUUAGAGGAUUCGAAACCUUCGAGGAGGUUCAGAAAUCGUGCCCUGGGAGUCCUGUUCAGUGUUUUUUCUUGACCUCCUCGGGUGAUAACGCCAACAUCAACUAUACCAUCGUCCAACAUGUAAAACGAAGAUUUGAUUUCGCUGAGAAGUUCGACCCUGAAUUCAACUUUAUGGGCAGGAGGGAAACAGAUAGUAUUGCCUCUUUGCAAAUGAAACUGGAACGUGCACAUAUAGCGUGGCUUGCGAUGAAGAAGAACAAGGACCCUGCCACACUUCCAACGGUUGCAACGAGGCGGUUCCCCAAGCCGGAGUUACCGCUCGAUCGAACCAGUGCAUGUGGUACUUCAUUGGUGCUAUUCGUCUUGGCAUUCAUUAUUCCUUUCGCAUCACACGUGAGCGUUAUCGUAACGGAGACUGAGACUGGCAUGAAGGAAAUGAUGAAACUGAUGGGUCUCCGUGAGUUCAUCUACUGGGCUGGUCACCUCUUAACGUCACUCUUCAUCAACGUCAUCUGCUGUAUGGCCAUCGGCGUUAUACUGACGAACGUUGGAAACCCACGUCCCAUGUUACUGGACGCUGACCUCAGCCUCGUUGAGACCGCUCUCUUGAUAUUCUCGCUACACAUCGGAAUGCACACCUUGUUUGUCUCGUGCUUCUUCAAAAGCUCAAGCGUGGCUGUCACCUUCGCCGUCAUAUACUGGUUCGUCUUGGUUAUAUAUCCAUGUAUCAAUGUGGGCUCUGCACUUUCGGAGUAUAUGCUGUAUUCCCGCACAUUGAAAUUGCUCUACUGCGCCACACCUGUGAUGGGAACCCACUACGUUCUGUUAAUCAUGGGGAUUGCUUGCGACCUCAGAGGUUCAGCGAGAUGGCCUCUGGUGUCGGAAUUUUCUGAAGGACAGGACAAUGUCACCAUACUCGAGAUCUGGAUUGUGAUGUUGGCGAGCGACGUGGCAAUUGUUAUCCUAAUCUGGUACUUUACAAGGGUGCUUCCGUGGGUGACAGGAAUAUCACAGCCAUUGUACUUUCCCAUUCUGCCUGGUUACUGGAAACCAGCCGUCGCAGCCGAAAACGCAGAAAAAACCAAAGUGCCACUCAACCCAGCUAGGUUUGAACAAGACCCAAGUGCAGAAGCAGUAAUAGUAGUAAAAGGAUUAAGGAAGAAUUUUGGAGAUGUUACAGCGUUGAACGGCAUUGACGUGAAGUUUUUCAAAGGUGAAAUCACUGUCCUCCUGGGUCAUAAUGGUGCUGGGAAGACUACCAUGAUGAACAUCUUAACCGGAAUAUUGCCUCCAACAGAAGGCACUGCUCUCAUCUGUGGUUUUGACGUAGUGAAGAGUACAGCAAGUGCACAGAAGAACAUCACCCUUUGCCCACAGUAUGACAUAUUUUUUCAAGAGCUCACGGUGCAAGAACACUUAGUCUUUUUUGGCUCGCUCAGAGCCCAGUUUUCCAGCAACGAGUUACAAGAGCGCGUGUCAGACGUGCUGAGCACUGUCAAGUUGUCCACGAAGGCUAACGAACUCGUAAAAGCGCUGUCUUGGGGAAUGAUGAGGAGACUGACUGUAGCCAUCGCAAUUGUGACUAAACCGCAGGUUCUGAUUCUUGACGAGCCUACGGCGGGCAUUGAUCUGGAGACAAGGAGGGACCUUUGGGACUUGUUCUUCGAGUUGAAACAACACUGCAGCAUCAUGCUGUGUACACAUGACAUGGACGAAGCGGACCUCUUGGGUGACCGGAUUGGCGUCAUGGCUCACGGGAUACUCCUCUGCUGGGGGACGCCAGCCUUCCUCAGGAAUGCUUUUAGCAUGGGCUAUAAAAUCCACUUGGGAAAGCUAGACACGAUCAAAGUGGAAAACGUCUUUAACAUUGUCCGGCAAACAGUGCCUCAUGCACGAAUCGAAAGUGAGAGUCUAACUGAAGUGAAGAUCUCGCUGGGUGUCUCAAACAUACAAGGUCUCCAGUCUAUGUUUUCCGCAUUGGAAGAUCAGAUGAAGAAUCUGCGAAUUGGAAGGAUCGGCGUUACUGUCGCAACCAUGGAAGAUAUCUACAUCAAGGUCAACCUCGAGGGCGGAGGUAUUGAGAAGGAAGAUGCCCAAGUCGCGAAGACUGAAGACGUGCAGCGGUUGAGUGCUCCUAUAACUCGCCGUAGCAGCCUCUUCCAGCAGCUGCGGGCUCUCCUAACAAAGCGCAUCACAUACCAGUCUCGAGUAUGGUCUUCAUUUGUCAUCGGCGCCCUCCUACCAGUUAUCAUCGUGACUGCUGAACAAUACGGAGAAGGGCAGAUCAAAGGAGUCUCCGCCAGAUUGAACACAAUGUUAGAUUUAGCAGGAGCGACAGUUGUGUCGUUGGCAUCCCUGUACCCGUCCGAGAAGGCAUUCGUCGAGUAUGACAAGAAAGACGUGGACCUCGUCGAGAAGCAUUAUCUCCCAUUCCUGGAAGCUGAAACGGCACGACCAGACAUCGUCACCGACGCAACAGAACACCUUGUUCAACUGGCAGAGGGACCUUUCAGGGAUUAUGUCUACGCAUACGUCUUGGGAGGAGCAUUUCGAGAUACGCAAAUUUUCGCCUGGUGGAACCCUUAUUUCGGUGCAAGUCAGAGCCUCUCGCUGUUUCUUGCAAAUACAGCGCUCCUGCGAUCCGUGUCAGGUGACGAAAAGGCUCAGAUAACGGCAACUGUAGUGAUUGACUCCAUCCCACGAAGCGACAACAGUACCAAGAGCUCAAUAGAUUUGACAAGCAUUCUUGCGAAUAUCACUUCUUCUACACUGCAACAUUCACUUCGUGGUGUCGGGAUUCCAUUGAUUAUGUCAUUGACUGUGGCUGUGACGGUGCUCUUCGCUAUUAUGGAACGCACCAGCAACACCAAGGCGCUUCAGCUGAUGAGUGGGAUGCCGAGUGUCGUCUACUGGCUCUCCAAUCUCUUUUUCGAUGCCGUCCUAUUUAUUGCGACCUGGAGUAUCAUCUGCGUAAUUUUUGGUUUGGAAAACGACACCCUCACAAACACGAAAAUCGCUGCACCGGUUGCGGUGAUCGCUAUUGCCUUCUUGACCAUCCCGAUGAGCUACGCAUUUUCGUUUGGCUAUGACACGCAAGGCAAAGCUUUCGCCAUGCUCAUAAUCUUUUUCACCGUGGGAGGAACUAUUGUGAUGGCCGUCGCUGGGCUUGUCUGGUUAAUGGCGCUAGGGCCAUCGAGCUCCAACCCGUCGGCAGCAAAUAUCCUUCACACGGCGAUGUCAGCCAUGCCACCCUGCAUAGCGCCGUACACACUCAUCAAGUUAUUACGAAUUGACGACAUAAACCAGCAAUGCUUGCAGCUUGAUGGAGAUCCAAGCGAACCUGGGAAUACUCAAAUGAAUCUGAUUUGCGGCACCGGCCCGGAUAAUGAAGCAAUUGCGCAGGUUCUCGGCUUGGCGCAUUGUUGCAACCAGGCCAACCUCGGAAAAAAGGGUGACGAUCUCUUGGUUCAACCACUUUCGCUUUCUCCUGAUGGAAUUGGACAACAGUUAAUCAUUCUUCUGGUCGAGGGAAUUCUGUUUCUGCUUCUCAUAUGCACAUGGGAUACUCCUUCACAUCGUUGGAACACCCAGGGCAAAUCAGAGCCGUUAGAAGACGACGAUGUCGAGGCUGAGCGAAGGCUCGUGGAGAAAGUUGUAGCAAACGGGACCGUCUCAAGUUACAGCCUAGUGGUGUGCUGUCUGGAAAGGCAGUUCCCUAGUAUAACAGCCGUGCGCUGUCUGUGCUUCACAGUCCACUCGAAAGAGUGCUUUGGAUUGCUCGGUGUGAAUGGGGCUGGCAAGACGACCACCUUCCAGAUGCUGACAGGUUUGCUGACUCCCACGUCGGGAGAUGCAUAUAUGGGUGGUAUGAUAAUGAGUAAAGGUGUUCGAAAGUGGCAGUCUCGAAUUGGCUACUGCAUGCAGUACGGUGGACUCAUCGGUGAGCUCAAUGCGUUCGAAACUUUGUACCUAUUCGCUCGUCUACGAGGGAUUCCCGAAAAUCAAAUCGCCGCGCUCGUCGACAGCAUGAUCAAGGCUAUGGACUUGGCGCAAGAAGCACACAGGAUUUCUAGGGUUUACAGCGGAGGAAAUAAGCGAAAGCUCAGCAUUGCCACAGCCAUGAUAGGACUUCCCGAAAUGGUGUUCCUGGACGAGCCAAGUGCCAGGGUGGACAUUGUGGCUCGGAAGAAGAUAUUCACAGUGAUAAAGAGUGUUCAGGCGGUUUCUGGGAUGUCCAUGGUGCUCACCUCGCACAGCAUGGAUGAAUGCGAGGCUGUCUGCGACCGCAUCGCCAUCAUGGUUGCAGGUCGGCUUCAAUGUCUAGGGUCUCUUCAACACCUCAAGCAGAAAAUGGGGCAGGGAUACACCUUGACCUUCAAGAUGGCAUUCAAAGACGAACUUCAACGGCCAGCAUUUGAAACAGCCGUGCAUAACGCAUUCCCUGGAAUCAAACAGACAGAGUAUCAUCAGGGACUGUACGAAUUCCACAUCUCUGACGUGCUUCCCUGGAGCGAACUCUUCAAGCGCAUCGGCGAGCUGCGUAAACAGUUUGCACUAGAAAACGUCUUUGUGUCCGACACGACGCUGGAAAAAAUAUUAGUUGGUCUCGCGAGAAAGGCACUUGAAGCCAGUGAGGCUGCACCAGCGCCGCGUGUUCCUCCAUUCGGAUUCGUGGUUUCGGCACAGCCUCCUUCUGCGCCUGCUGUUGUCCACCGAUGACUGGACGGUUCAGCGCAGUAAAGUUCGAGGACGAGUAUCCGACGCUCUCAUAAUGCUCUUCAUAUUCUGAGAGGCUGUAUGAGAGGUGAAAGUGCCAGAGACGAUGGGAAAUAAAAUAUAAGAUGUUUCGUGCU